AUGAAGCUCUUACGAGUCGCUGCGGCGGCCGUGGUAGCUCUUAUUGGGCACGCAGAUGCAGUUUCAACUUUUGAGCCUGCAAGGCCCCCUGCGGCUCCCUUGGCCGUCAGAGCACCUUACCUGAAUGUCUGGCUCAAUGGUCAAACCAAUGGACAGCCGAGUGGUUACCUCGCCGGCCAAUGGCCUAGAUAUUGGACACAAGGAAUCCAGGCAUGGCAAGGAUUCAUCAGGGUGGACGGGAAGGCCUACAACUGGAUGGGAGGGGCCCCAGGUGCGGGUAAUGUCGACCAACAGUCGCUCAAGUACACAUCUACUAGGACAACGUUCACCAUGAAUGUGGGAGGACAAGUCCAGAUGAUUGCCGAGUUUUUCUCUCCGGUGUACCCGGAUGACCUGAGGAGGCAAUCUAUCCCAUUUUCAUACCUUAAAAUCUCGACGGCGUCUUUGGACGGGCGUUCGCAUCAUGUCCAAAUCUAUGCUGAUGUGUCAGGGGAAUGGGCAUCCGGCGAUAGUUCACAGACUAUACAGUGGGAGCACCAGGCUGGAGGCGGGAUACGUUCUCACAAAUUUUAUCGCCAAAAUCAAGAGGCGUUCAGAGAGGCCAAUGACCAAGCCUCGUGGGGCAACUGGUAUUGGUCGACUGGGGACAUUAGGGGUUUAACAUAUCAAAUUGGUCAAGAUACCGUUGUCCGCGGCCAAUUCUUGUCCAACGGCACACUUACUGGCCAUAUUGACACGGAUUAUCGGGCAGUGAAUGAUCGAUGGCCUGUCUUUGCGUUUUCGCGCGAUCUGGGUGCGGUUGGGAGGAGCGGUUCUGCCUCGACUCUAUUUACCAUUGGUAUUGCCCAAGAUGAUGCCAUCUUAUUCCAGGGCCAAGGCAAUUCUCCCGAACAGGUUCCUUCACUCUGGACAAACUACUUUGAUGAGGAAGAUCUUGCGCCAUUCUUUUACAAGGACUACAGCUACGCCAGCCAGUAUGCUACCAAUUUCGACAACCGUGUGGCACGGGAUUCCAUCGCUGCCGGCGGCCAGGAUUACCUUACCAUCACGAGUCUUGCGGUCCGCCAAGCCUUUGGCGCUCUUCAAUAUACGGGCACUCCAGACAAUGUCAGAGUCUUUCUAAAAGAAAUCAGCUCCAACAGUGAUAUCCAGACGGUUGACGUCAUCUUUCCGACCUGGCCCAUCAUGUUGUACCUCGAUCCCAAUCUCAUCAAAUAUACUCUGUCGCCUCUCCUCGAGAACCAAGAAAGCGGCCACUACCCCAACAAAUAUGCGAUACAUGACCUUGGCAGGUUCCCGCAAGCUUUAGGCUACCCUCAGGGCAAUGACGAGGCCAUGCCCUUGGAGGAAUGCGGCAACAUGAUUAUCAUGAUGCUUUCUUACGCCCAGAAAACGGGAGAUGUGGACUAUCUCAAACAACACUGGGCUCUAAUGGCUCAAUGGGCCGAGUAUCUCAUUGAAGAUGCCAAGAUUCCAGCAAAUCAACUGUCAACCGAUGAUUUCGCGGGCCAUCUUGCGAAUCAAACCAACCUUGCCAUCAAAGGCAUAAUUGCCCUGGAGGCUAUGUCUCGCAUUGCUAGCCUCACCGGCCACAGUUACCUAUCUGCAAACUACUCGAAUAUUGCCAAAGAUUACCUCGGUUUUUGGUCUCGCCACGGCAUCAACCGCGCCUCUGUUCCCAACCACAGCGUGCUUCAAUAUGAUUCAGCUGCGACGUAUGGCCUGUUGUACAACCUGUACCCCGACAAGGCUCUUGGGCUCAAGUUCAUUCCUCAGUCUGUCUACGACAUGCAGAGCGACUUCUACAAGACAAAGGCCAACAAAUACGGGGUCAUCCUCGACACACGCGGCACGCUAACCAAGACUGACUGGGAAAUGUUUGCUGCAGCAGUGGCUGGGCCCAGCACAAAGGCCAUGUUCAUCUCCUUGAUUGCCAAGUGGAUCAACGAGACGCCGACGUGGCGGGCUUUUACCGAUCUGUAUGACACGAACACGGGGGGAUAUCCCGGUAACCAGUUCACAGCCCGGCCAGUUGUGGGCGGUGUGUUUUCUGUGCUGGCGUUGCAGUGA